AUGAAUAAAUGCGUAUUUAUAGGUAGAUUAUUGCGUAGGAAUUACUUCCAUGCCGCAAACCGGCAUAUUCUAAAGCCUCCGUAUAUAAUUAAACAAUUCAUAAUGGUGCCGUUUAUGUUUAUCAAUGACUAUACAUAUUAUCAAUGGAACAUAUCAAAUUCGCGCCAAAUAUUCACCCACAAAAGGAACAAAUUCGGUAUGAUCAAGCACUGGAGGAGGAAGCGCAAAAAGGUAUUGAUUAGAAAGUCUUUAAUCCCUUGGAGACCUGAAAAAAAGACCACUAGAUCUUACAAAAUGCCAAAAGAGAGAAGGGUAUUCAAAAUAGGCUGGAGCAAGAAUAAGAAGGGAGGGAGAAUGCUCAAAAUUAGGCGCCAACGUUGA